AAUGGAAGUUUUGCUGCCAAAACUUCCAUCUUUCAAGUUCUCAAGCCCCAUUUGUUGCUGUUCAAUAAGCACUAGGAGCUCUUCUUAUGUGAAAUUCGGAUUCCGUCGAUUUUCUUCUCUAUCUGUUUGUGCAUCAACCGCUAAUGAAGCUGUAGCUGAACCAUCCCUUGGUUCCCCUUCUUUGGGGCACACCACAAGACCCCAUUUUCCUAUACUUCACCAGGAAGUAAAUGGCUCAAAACUUGUUUACUUAGACAAUGCAGCAACUUCUCAGAAGCCUACCGUUGUUUUGAAGACACUGCAAAGCUACUACGAAGCAUACAAUUCGAAUGUACAUCGGGGCAUACAUUUCUUGAGUGCAAAGGCCACGGAUCAGUAUGAAGCAGCUAGAAGGAAGGUUGCAAGUUUUAUAAAUGCUUCUGACUCCAGUGAAAUUGUAUUUACGAGAAAUGCUACUGAAGCUAUCAAUCUAGUGGCUUAUUCUUGGGGCUUGUCAAAUUUAAAAAGAGAUGAUGAGAUUAUACUUACGGUUGCUGAACAUCACAGUGCGAUUGUUCCUUGGCAACUACUAGCUCAAAAAGUUGGGGCUGUUUUGAAAUUUGUGAACUUAAACCAAUAUGAAAUUCCAGAUAUGGACAAAUUGAAAGAACUGCUGUCAAGGAAGACCAAGUUAGUUGUUGUCCAUCAUGUUUCAAAUGUGCUUGCUUCGGUACUUCCUGUUAGAGAUAUUGCUAACUGGGCUCAUGAUGUUGGAGCAAAAGUGCUUGUAGAUGCCUGUCAGAGUGUUCCACACAUGACAGUUGAUGUUCACAGCCUCAAUGUUGAUUUUCUUGUUGCUUCUUCUCACAAGAUGUGUGGGCCUACAGGUGUUGGAUUCUUAUAUGGUAAAAUAGACCUCUUGUCGUCCAUGCCUCCCUUUUUAGGUGGUGGUGAAAUGAUUUCAGAUGUAUUUCUUGAUCAUUCAACUUAUGCUGAACCUCCAUCCAGAUUUGAGGCCGGAACACCAGCAAUUGGGGAAGCAAUUGGUUUAGGAGCAGCAAUUGAUUACUUAUCUGGGAUUGGUAUGCAAACCAUACAUGAUUAUGAGGUGGAGCUGGGAAGAUAUCUUUAUGAAAGGCUCCUUUCAAUCCCAAAUAUUCGCAUCUAUGGGCCGGCACCUUCAGAAAAAAUUAAACGAGCUGCACUUUGUUCUUUCAAUGUUGAAAAUAUUCACGCAACCGAUCUUGCAACAUUUCUUGAUCAACAGCAUGGAGUGGCUAUCAGAUCGGGUCACCAUUGCACCCAACCCCUCCAUCGGUACUUGGGAGUCAAUGCAAGUGCACGUGCAAGUCUCUAUUUCUAUAACACUAAGGAGGAUGUUGACAAUUUUAUCCAGGCCCUCAAUGACACAGUUUAUUGUCAAGCAGCACAGGCAAUGGAGAGCCCUGUACCACCUCCCGCUGCUCCAAAGGUUCGAUCAGGUCAUCACCAAGACUGGCGAGUCCCCAAUCCUUCCCUCAACCGGUACUAG